CAAUUGAGCCUCCAUAAUCAUGAGCGGCGGUUUUCGAACUGCACUAUGUAAGGUUCACCAGUAUAUCCACUUAAGUGAGAGGGACAAAAUGGCGGCAGUUUCUGAUGGGAAUGACAAAUCGUUGGAAGAUGUUGAUUAUGACUUGCAAAGACAUUUAAAAGGAGUCAACACACGGACGCCUGACCUUUCUACAUUGGCGCAAAAGGGAGAUGAAAAGCUUGUUGAACAGUUUCUGACCGAAGAUGUCCAAAUCGGCGGAGGAGUGGAUGAAAAGCUUCAAAGUCAGUUAUAUAUCGCAUGUUUCUGGGGCUUUCAUGAUGUAGUGAAAACUCUUCUGGACAAAGGGGCAGACAUCAAUGCACAGAACAAAGAUACUCUCUGGACACCACUGCAUGCUGCAACAUUUCAGGAGCAUGGAAAAAUUGUGAUGCUUCUUUUGGAGAGAAAUGCACAACCAGAACUACCUGAUAGUGAAGGAAGGAGUGCAAAGGAUUUUGCUUCAGCCUCUGACAAAGUUUGGCCACACUUUGCAGGUACGAGUGUAUUAAGACUGAAAAUGUGCAUGUACACUGUAGUAUAUUCCAGCAGUAUAUAAAUUUCUACGGGCGACAU